AUGGCCACCCCUAGUGUCCUAGCCUUUGACGCCGAGGGUCGCGCCAUUGAUUUUGAGGUCUGGCUAGAUGACCUGCAGCUUUUCUUACAGUGCGACAGAGCUGACAGCCUUUCUCUCUUUGACCUCACCUCUGGCGCCUCUCCUGCUCCUGCUGCCGAUGCUGAUCCCACUGUCCGCUCUCAGUGGGCCACCCGCGAUGCUGCUGCACGUCUUGCUGUGCGUCGCCACCUCCCUACCUCUGAGCGUGCGCAUUUUAGUCAGUACAAGAGUGCUCAGACCUUGUACGACGCUGUAGUUGCACGCUACUCCUCUCCUGCCACUGCUGCACUGAGCCGUCUCAUGCUUCCCUACCUCUUUCCUGACCUCUCUGCCUUUCCCACUGUCGCUGACCUCAUUACGCACCUCCGCACUAGUGACGCUCGCUACCGCGCCGCCCUUCCUGCUGAGUUCUGCGCUAAGAACCCCCCUCCCAUGUACAUCACUCUCUACUACGUAGUCGCACGCCUCCCUGACUCCCUCCGCGUAGUCAGGGACCACUUUCUCGCAGUCUGUCCCACCACUCUCACCGUCGACCUCCUCGAGAAGGCCCUCCUCGCAGCGGAGAAGAGCAUAGUCGCUGUCGGUGCCUCUCGUGGUGACCCUCGCACCCCCAUCUUUGAGGGGUGCUCUCCUUCCCCCUUGCUGCCCUCUGUUGCCUCUGCUGCUGCGGCCGACCUGCUUGGUCUUGAGUCGGUCGGUGCGGCGUCUGCCCCUAGUGGAAGACGUCGCUCUGGCAAGGGCAAGGGGGGCAAGGGCGCGGGCGGAGCUGGAGGGGGCGGUGGCGGUGGCGGCGGAGGCGGCGGAGGGAGUGGGGGUGGCGGCGGGAGUAGUGGUAGUGGUGGUGGUGGUGGUGGCAGCAGCGGCGGAGACGGUGGUGGUAAUGGCACCGGUGGUGGUGGAGGCAGCAGCGGGAGUGGAGGCGGUGGAGGUGGAGGCGGUGGAGGGGGAGGCGGUGGAGGCGGCGGCGGAGGAGGCGGUGGUGGUGGAGGAGGUGGAGCUGGUCGUGGUGGUACCCAGCAGCGGAGCGGCGGUGGUGGUGGCCAGCGCUCGCAGCGGCAGCAGCAGCAGCGUUCGCGGGACAUCCCUCCGCCUCAGCAGCUUCGUGAGUGGUACACUGCGCGUCAGAGGGGUGGGGGUACUGGUCCCUGCGCCUACGUUCUUCGUUCCGGCGACCGCGCGGGUGAGCAGUGUGGGGGUGCCCACUCCACCCAGCGCUGCUUUGGCCGCCUGACGGACGCUUGGCGUCGGCAGUUCCCCGGGGCUAGUGAGAUCCCUCGCUGGGAUGAGCUCCUUAGGGCUGGUGUAGCGAUCUUUGAUCUUGAUUUUGAUGCUAUCCUCUCUGCUAUGUAUGCUGUGACUUAUAGUGAGGAGUAUGAGGGUUACCGGUGUUUCCAGCCCGACCCGGGCAUUGGUACUGCUGCACUAGGUACUUGUGAGGCUGCUGCUCUAGGUGCCAGUGCGUCUGCGCUCUCAGGUACUAGUGAGACUGCGCUCUCAGGUGCUGGUGAGACUGCGCUCUCAGGUACCGCGUCGCCCUCGUCCUCCCUCACUUUCACACUUGACUCUGGGGCUUCUCGCUCUUUCUUUCGAGACCGCACUACCCUCACGCCACUUGGCCGACCGGUUGCGGUCUCCCUUGCUGACCCCUCUGGGGGUCCUGUCCUGUCUCACUUCUCCACUGUCCUCCCGUGUCCGGCUGCCCCUUCAGGCACCCUGUCUGGUCUGUACCUUCCCUCGUUCUCUACGAACUUGGUGAGUGGUGCGGACCUACAGGAUGCGGGGGUUCACCAGUUCACUCCUGCGAGGCGGCGGGUGACCCACUGCACGGACGCAGACACAGGCCGACACCUGGCCACCUUUUCGCGUCGGCCGGGGUCGAGUCUCUACACCCUGACCACUUCGUCUCCUCCUGUCCCUGUGUCUGGUCAGGUAGCUCCGUCAGGUCAGGUGUUUGCUGCUGCGUCCCGGUCAGGUCCUGAGUCUGCCCCCUGUUCCUGUCGCCUCCUGUCUCACGAGACUCUCCUGUGGCACCACCGUCUAGGCCACCCCUCCUUGGCUCGUCUUCGGAGCAUGGCUUCCCGUGUCCUUGUCUCUAGUCUUCCCCGGUCUCUCCCUCCUCCCCCCCCCGGGCCAGGGCCUUCCAGUGUCCCCUGUGUCGAGGGUCGCCUCCGGGCUACUCCUCACUCCUCCCACUUCCCCCCGACAGAGGCUCCGCUGCAGACGCUUCACAUGGAUGUGUGGGGCCCGGCCCCCGUCCGUGGGCAGGGUUACGAGCGCUACUUCCUGUUGGUGGUUGACGACUACUCGCGUUACACCACAGUCCUCCCCUUGCGCAGCAAGGGUGCUGUCACUGAGGUGCUGAUCGACUGGAUCCGCGAGGCUCGUCUCCAGCUCAGGAAGAGCUUCGGCUCGGACUUUCCUGUUCUGCGUCUGCACUCGGACAGAGGCGGAGAGUUCUCCUCUCGCCUUCUGCGAGACUACUGUCGUGCACGGGGGAUCCGCCAGACCUUCACGCUUCCGGACUCACCACAGCAAAAUGGGAUUGCUGAGCGCCGCAUUGGCAUGAUCAUGGAUGUUGCUCGUACGUCCAUGAUGCAUGCGGCUGCCCCCCAUUUUCUGUGGCCGUUUGCGGUGAGGUACGCGGCGCAUCAGCUCAACCUUCACCCGCGGGUCUCUAGGCCUGCGAUGUCCCCAGCCUUGCUGUGGACGGGGAAGGUUGGCGAUGCGUCUGUGUUUCGUGUCUGGGGAUCUCGGGCGUUUGUCCGCGACUUGUUUGCGGACAAGCUGUCCCCUCGUGCUGCUCCCUGUGUCUUCCUUGGCUUCCCCACUGACGCCCCAGGGUGGCAGUUCUACCACCCCUCCUCUCGUCGUGUUCUGUCCUCUCAGGACGUCACGUUCGACGAGUCGGUCCCCUUCUACCGUCUCUUCCCCUACCGCACCCCUUCCCUCCCCCCUCCCCCGGACUUCCUUGUGCCGGUUCCCCCCCCGGUAGACCCCCUUCCCCCUCAGGUUCCUGCUCCCUCAGGUGUGUCCCAGGUAGACGCCGUUGACCCGGUCGAGGUUACUGGUGACUCUGGUGCUGCUGCGGGUGCUGAGCCUGGGGGUGCUGACUCUGGGGGUGCUGUCCGCGGGGGUGCUGAGACUGGAGGAGCUGCUGCUGGGGGUCCUGAGCCUGGGGGUGCUAGUGCGGAGGGUGCGGAGCCUAGGAGUGCUGCGCCGGGGGGUGCUGUCACUGGAGGUGCUGGGUCUGGGGGUGCUGAGUCGGGAGCUACUGAGCCUGGGGGUGCUGAGUUGGGAGCUGCUGCGCCUGGGGGUGCUGUGUCUGGAGCUGCUGAGCCUGGGGGUGCUGCGCCUGGGGUUUCUCCUGCUGCUCAGCCUCCCCGGGAGCCUCUCUCUCCACAGGAGCUGCGCGAGUGGUUCGCUCAUCGUUGGAGGCGUGCUGCUGAGUCUGGGGGUGCUGCUGGAGCUGGAGCAGGACCUUCUUCGACUGACGAGGGUGCUGGUGCUGCCGGUCCCGGAGCUGCUGGGCCUGCGGGUCCUCUUGGAGCUGGCGCUGCUGAGGGUGUUGGUGCUGAGACUGCUGCUGUUGGUCCUGCUGCUGGAGGAGUUGGUGGCCCUAGUGCUGUCGCUGAGGGUGCUGGAGCUGUCCCUGCUGCGCCUGGAGCUGCUGAGCGGCCUCGACCGUACUUCGUUCCGCUACUGCAGCAGGUUCUUGGUCUUUCUCCUCCGGUAGAGAGUCCACCGCCUGUCCAGUCGCAGUCCCUGCUGGAGCCUUCCUCUCCGCUACCUGCUCCCUCUCCUUACACUGGUCCUACUGGAGGUCUUGCUGAGCGUCGUGAGCCUGCGUCUCGUCCUGCGUCGCCUGUUCGUCCUGCUCGCGCUACUGGUCGCGGUUCGCGUCAGCGUCCUCCUCCUGUCCCUGGCACGCACCAGAUGUCUUUGCGUCCGUCUACUGCUCCUCUGCGUGCCCCUUUGCCUUCUCCUCCUGCGUCCUCUCUUCCUGCGCUUGCCGACCCUGCGUCGGACUUUCUGCGUGCUGCCAGUCCUACUGUCACGCGUUUCCUUGCUACUGUGGUCACUGACCCUUCUUUCGAGUCUUCUGCUGCGUCUGCCCUGCUCACUGAGCUUGUCGACUUUGCUGCUCGCUGUCGCUUAGACUACGCUGCUGGUCUUGUUGCUGAGUCUGCGUCUGUCUGUCCUCCGUCCGUCGGGGGUGAGUGUGCUCUUGGCACGGACGUCCUAGAGGACAGGCAGGAGGAGUUACAGUGUCUAGCGGCUGCUUCACCUCAUCUCGCGUCUGUACUGCUUGCCCCUGAGGGAGACCCGGAUGCACUAGACAUCCCGACUCCGCGUUCUUACGCGGAGGCCGUAGAGGGUCCCUACUCCUCUCAGUGGCAGGCAGCUAUGGAUGCAGAGAUGGCUUACUGGAAGUCCACAGGCACCUACGUUGACGCAGUUCCCCCUCCUGGGGCGAACAUCGUCAGUGGCAUGUGGAUCUUCAGGGUGAAGCGGCCGCCGGGCUCUCCGCCUGUCUUCAAGGCGCGUUACGUCGCUCGUGGCUUCAGUCAGCGGCAGGGAGUUGACUACUUUCAGACCUUCUCUCCCACCCCGAAGAUGACUACUCUUCGGGUGCUGCUGCACGUUGCCGCUCAGCGCGACUACGAGCUUCACUCUCUCGACUUCAGCACUGCGUUCCUGCAGGGUAGCCUGCACGAGGAGAUCUGGCUGCGCCGUCCGCCUGGCUUCACUGGGACUUUCCCUCCUGGCACCCAGUGGAGCCUCCGACGGCCAGUCUACGGUCUCCGCCAGGCACCGCGUGAGUGGCACGACACACUGAGGACUACGCUUGCGGCUCUUGGGUUUGCUCCUUCCACUGCUGACCCGUCGCUGUUUCUUCGCACUGACACUUCCUUGCCCCCGCUCUACAUCCUCGUGUACGUCGACGACUUGGUCUUUGCCACAGCGGACACUGCUGGACUCGCCUACGUGAAGUCCGAGCUGCUGAAGAGACACACGUGCACAGACCUGGGUGAACUGCGCAGCUACCUUGGCUUGCAGAUCACUCGGGACAGAGCACGCCGCACCAUUACCCUGACUCAGUCACACAUGGUGCAGCAGGUCCUUCAGCGCUUCGGCUUCACGUACUCCUCGCCUCAGGCCACUCCUCUACCUACUCGCCACUCGCUCUCAGCUCUGCCUUCGGAUGAGUCCGUAGAGUCGAGUGGCCCGUAUGCAGAGCUUGUUGGCUGCCUCAUGUACCUGAUGACCUGCACACGACCUGACCUUGCAUACCCUCUGAGCAUCCUUGCACGCUAUGUUGCUCCUGGGAGACACCGACCUGAGCACAUGGCUGCAGCGAAGAGGGUAUUGCGCUACCUGUGCAGUACGUCGGGCAUGGGGCUAGUGCUUGGAGGGCGGAGUCCAGUGGUCCUUACGGGCCACGCGGACGCUUCUUGGGCUGACGACCAGGCUACGCAGCGUUGUGAGGCUGAGAUCUACGCCGGGGCCAUGGCUGCGCAGGAGCUUCGCUGGCUCACCUACCUGCUGACUGACCUUGGAGAGCCGCCUCGUUCUCCUCCAGUGCUGUACGUAGACAACAAGGCCAUGCUGGCCUUGUGUCGAGAGCAGCGUCUGGAGCACAGAACGAAGCACAUUGCUCUCCGCUACUUCCUUGCUCGUGAGCUGCAGCAGCGUGGUCAGCUGCGACUUGCGUACGUGGCCUCUGAGGCCAACACUGCUGAUGUGUUCACCAAGGCACUCGCGCCUUGUGACCAUCAGCGCUUCUGUACCCAGCUGGGUCUUGUGCCUGUCUUGCCUCACUUGCUCUCUUCCUGA